CAAACAGUAAAGAAGAAUGAAGUCUUCCUGUUGCAGAAGACUGAACUGACCCAAACGUUAAUAUGAUACUAACGUGGACUAAACAGAGAAGGUGACAGGCUGUCUGCGUCACCCUGGAUCAAUGUUCACCAUCAGGUGCAUUUUGGGAUCAGCCUGGAGACACGGGAUCAAGCUGCAAAACAGGAUGUCCACUGUACCUCACUCAGUGGCUGCGGUCUGCCAGGUAACGGCCACCCCGGACAAAGAGACCAACUUCUGUGCCUGUAAACAGCUGAUGGAGGACGCCAAGGAACAAGGGGCCAGCAUGGUCUUCCUCCCCGAGGGCUUCGACUACAUCGGAUCCAGUCGAGAGGAGACGCUGUCGCUGUCCGAGACCCUCACAGGAGACACAAUCUCACGAUACACUCAGCUAGCCAGGAAGUUGGAGGUGUGGCUGUCUCUCGGAGGAUUUCAUGAACGAGGACAUGACUGGGAAACUGACAGACGAAUCUACAACAGCCACAUCAUAAUUAAUGAUAAAGGUGACAUCGUCUCAGUCUACAGGAAGUCCCAUUUGUUUGAUGUGGAACUGCCAGAAAAAGGUGUAUCCCUCAAAGAAAGUGCCUUCACCAUCCCUGGACCUUCACUUGUGUCUCCGGUCCAAACUCCCAUUGGAAAGGUUGGUUUGGGCAUCUGCUAUGAUCUGAGAUUCCCUGACUUAUCGCAGGCUCUGCAAAGACACGGGGCCGAGAUCCUGACAUACCCAUCAGCCUUCACUGUAGCUACAGGAGCCGCUCACUGGGAGGUGUUACUUCGUGCCCGGGCGAUCGAGACCCAGUGCUACGUAGUGGCGGCAGCGCAGGUCGGUCGGCACCACGAGAAGCGCUCCUCGUACGGCCACGCCCUGGCGGUGGACCCCUGGGGCGAGGUGCUGGGUGACUGCGGAGGGGAGAAGCCAGGGAUGGUGCUGGUGGAGAUCGACCUGGAUAAAGUCAGCAGCACUAGGAGAAACAUGCCGGUCCAACAGCACCGCAGAGACACUGGCUUCUACCAGAGCCUGGAGAAGACUUGACCACAGAAGAAAAGUAAAACAAACAAACUGAACAGGAUGUUGUGUUUUAGUUGUAGGUUACAAAGGCGAUAAGCCAAAGAGGAAUUUCUGAAUUUAUGAUUUAGGUCAAGUUCAUGUUUCAAAAACGUGAGGUUUUCUCUUUUUCUUUUAGGUUGUUUAGGUCUUUGUCAUGCUGCAUCAUCAGCUCAAAUGACUUGAUCAAUAAGAGAAAUUAUUCUGAGCUUGUUUGAUCAGAAAGCAUGAAGCUUCAAUGAAUAAAUAUCAGGGAAGUUUAAACAUGGACUAGUAUUGCCUGCGUUGGAUUGUCUCUGAGUUAGGAAAGUUUACUCACAAGUUUUUGUUGAUUUUGAAAAUUCAGCCCAAGCUGUCCCAAAUGAAUCUGUAAAGGACACUACUCACACUGAUCAAUAGAUGGUACUCUUAGGUAGUAACAACUGGAGGAAAGGGUUUGAUUCACAGUUUAGCUUUGAAAACAUUCCACUUUUAAUGUGCAUUGAUAUGUGUUAUUGAAGGAGUGUGUACAAACAUCACUUGCAUUUUUUUUGCAAAAUUAAAUACUGAAUAAAAAACCUGUUCUGUUGCUCUGUGGGAAAA